UCGUCGCUUGGUUGCGGUGGCGCUGCCGCCCCCGGCCACCGACAGAAAUGGCGGCGGCCACCACAGCCUUCUCCUUCUCCUUCUCCUCUGCCUCUUCCUCCUCUGUCUCGCUGCUGCGGCCGGGCUGGGCGCCCCUGAGGCGGUGGCGAACCCUCACUCGCAACAUCAGCAGCUCCCCUCGCAGCGCCGCGAGGUACCUUGCGCCGAUCGGGUCUUUUCCCUCUUCAUUCUCCUCUUUCCUCCUUCUCAUCCUUCUCCUCAUCCGCGUCCCGCUCAGUCGUCCUCAAUCAUCCUCGUCCCCCGAUCGCCCUUCGGGUGAUGAAGCCACUGUUAUCUCAGGGACAAAGCUUGCUCACCAAGUUCUGAAAGAAGUUCAAAGGGAAGUAGAAUUGUGGAUUUCUGCUGGGAACCAGCGGCCUCACCUCACUGUCAUAUUAGUAGGAGACAAUCCAGCCAGUCAUAUUUAUGUCAGGAACAAGAUAAAAGCUGCUGCAGCUGUGGGCAUUUCUAGUGAGAUCAUACUGAGGCCUAAAGACAUUUCACAGGAAGAGCUCUUGGAUAUGACAGCAAAACUCAACAAAGAUUCAAGAGUUAGUGGUUUAUUAGUUCAGCUACCUCUCCCAGAUCACAUAGAUGAACGGACAGUCUGCAACACCAUCGCCCCUGAAAAGGAUGUGGAUGGAUUCCAUAUCAUGAAUAUUGGACGCCUGUGUCUUGAUCAGCCUUCCAUAAUCCCUGCCACUGCUGCUGCUGUCUGGGAAAUCAUAAAACGGACAGGAAUACAAACAUUUGGAAAAAAUGUUCUUGUAGCUGGAAGAUCUAAGAAUGUUGGAAUGCCUAUUUCAAUGCUUUUACAUACUGAUGGAGAGCAUGAAAGACCUGGAGGUGAUGCUACAGUGACCAUUACUCACAGAUACACUCCAAAAGAGCAGCUUAAGAUCCACACACUGCUCGCUGACAUAGUCAUAGUUGCUGCAGGUAUCCCAAAGUUGAUUACAACUGAUAUGGUCAAAGAAGGUGCAGCUGUGAUUGACGUAGGCAUCAACCAUAUCCAUGAUCCUCUUACAGGAAAAACCAAAUUAGUUGGGGAUGUGGACUUUGAAGAAGUGAAGAAGAAGGCUGGCUUUAUCACUCCAGUGCCGGGAGGGGUAGGACCUAUGACUGUUGCAAUGCUUCUGAAGAACACUCUCCUGGUCGCUAAAAAGCUCAUUUACUAGAGCAAGCAGGUUACCUUGAAAGAAGAAUCUGARUUGUUCUAUUUAUUGAUGCACAAAACAUUUAUUUUUUACUACAAAUAUAUUUAUUUCUACAUUGUAUUUAUUUUUCCAUGUCAAAAUGCUAAAUCUGGUGGUUUAUAAAAAGUUCAAAUACCUUGUGUUAUCUCCUACUGACUUACUGUGAUCAAAAACGAGUUGGAGAAUGCAGCCUCCACAGGUAUGUUGUUGUUGGUGUUGGUCAAUUACAUGUUUGAGAAUGAAGAAUGAAGCAUAAAUUGCAAUUACACCUAUGAAUUGGGGCAGUUAUUAAGGUCUUGUAAACACUUGGGACCCGUUCAAACAGUAUAAAAACURAAGACAUGCUAGAUAUCUUUUAUAUACUUGUUUUGGGUUCCAAGGGCACUGAGCACUCUGGAUGUAGUUCAGAGUCCUUAAAUAUUUUUUGACCACUUAGAGCCAGCAGUGGCCAGGCAGUAAUGUUGACGUGAAUGCAAACGCACAGUCAGUGUUUUAAAAUAGUCAAAUAAGCUUGAACCUGGUGAAAUUCUGACCUUAAAUAUCUGCAAGAGGUAAGCGUGAAUAAGCUAGAGUUGAGGCUGUAAUUAUUUUUUUUCCAUGCCUGGACAAAUUGUUUUGGUGGAUAAUACCCUCACCCUCCAAAAAACCUUCAAACCUGAACAAUUUAUUUGGCUGAAUUUGACUUCAAUUGAGAGGAACGUAGUUAAAAUUAUUACGUAUGUACAAUAUGUAUAGUGGAGCAGGAGGUGAAGAGGAGGAGAGAACCAAAACUUUAUCUCUUAUGUUUGUGUUGGAACUUAAAAGCCAUUUAAUUAUUCUCUUACUUUUUUUGACUGCAUGAAGAGGGCUUUUUUUUAGUCAAUGUUGUUAGCCUUGGCUUCAGUGCUGGUUAGAGAAGAGCAUAUGGGAUAAAAUCAGUAUGGUUCUAUUCCCAAAAGKUUGGGUCCUGGGUGGAUCCAGAAUUAGUCUUAUGCAAAGUAAAAGCUGUGGUGGAGUUACUGCUGGGAUGCCAGUUCAGCUGACUGUGUGCACUGUUGACAUUCCUACUGAAGGCAGUGCGAGAAAGUUUGGACCUUUAUCUUCAUGUCUUUAUCUCAGCUAGGAUUAUUGAUUUAUUUUUGUCAGGAGCCUUAGGUGUUUGCUAGUGGGCUAUAGCUAAGUUGAAAUAGGAAGGAGAAAAAUUGUGGCUAAAUACUGUUGCCAUUAAAGGGGAAAAUGCACUUAUUAUGAUAAAAGAGUCAAGGUGGAGCAUCAUUUCCRUGCUGACUGUUCCUGUGAUGGACUUCCCGAGAGUUUGCUUUAACACAGUGUUUGCAGAAGUUGGGCAGGAUUAUUACUAAAUAUAUMAUGCCAAUAGUGCACACACUUGCUUGUCUUUUUAAAUGUAAGUGGUAAUACAAAUUUAAGUGGUAGGAGGAUCAGGGCACCUAUGGAGACUGUCCUUGGACUGAUCACCCCAUGACUAAAAGAUGGAAUAAAACUUGUUCACUGUUUAUUUGGUCUUGCUGGAGAGCAUUGAUGUGGUUUGGGGGAUGGUUGUGUUCUUUGUUUAUUGUGUGUUCAGAGCGCAGCGAAUGGGAGAGCUGCAGGUUCAGUCAUUGCUGUGUCCAUCUGCAUUGCUGUUUGCUUUAAUUGAACUCUGAUAUCUCCACGUUUUUUGGCAGAACAACCAUUCAUGGCUCUGUGCUUGUGUCCUUUGAGCGAGCCUGCAUGUGYCAUGCCCUACAAACAGGUCACUGUGCAUUGUAAGCCUUUUCCCUUUAUCCUGUGGUGUCUGGGUUUGUGUUCCAGCACAGCCAGUGGGGCUCGGGCUUGGCUCCACGGCACGCUGUCUGCACAGCUGCUGGGUCCAUCUSUGAGAGUGCUUUCUGCUGGGAGAACAUCCAGAGCAGCAGCCAGAGGGAAGGGCCCAUUCGCCAACUCAAAAAGCGUGCUGGUGCACCCGACCCGGUCAAGGAUUGUCCAUGGACAAACRCCCUGUGGGAGGUGAACACGGCCAUGUCACUGCAGCCUUGUCCCAGGCCUACUCCACCCACUGUGUUGCUUCAUGACAAAGCCUCCUCUCGGAUCCUGGCCAGAUUCAACUCCCAUUGUGCAGCUGGGUGUUGAAAGCAAGGCUCAGGAGCCUCAUCCCUGCUUGGGACUGAUAGCAGAGGUUAUCCAGGUAGGCAGAAACACUCCUGUCCAUCUGGGGAGUGUGCAAGCUGCACUUAUACAGUGUGCAGGCAUGCAGCAAUUCAGGAUAGUGAAGGAAGGGAAAAGCCUCCUGGAAUGCAGUCCAUGAGCAGGAAAACGCAUAAUUAAAAUAUGCAUAACUAGCUUGUGUUUUUCCCUUAUUAUGUGAAGUGGUUAGGUGUAAUCCUACAGAUCACUGAGGACAGUGCACUGGACAGGGAGAAGUUGAGCCAACCAGAGUUACUAGGGCAUUUAUUAGAAGACUUUUGGUUUUAAAAUAUAAAAAUUGUGAAAUGUUGCCUGGAGCUCACAGCUGAGGAAGUGAGAAUUGUUGCUGAGGUGAAGUGUGUAGUUCUCCUUUGGUCAGAGUCAGGUUGCUGAUGUCUUUGUGUUAUUGAACCGGGCUUUUCCAAUUACCUGCUCUAGUCUGGGCACAUCUGUACCCUUCAGAGAGACCAGUCUUACUUGUUCCAAGCUGCCUGUGACCAAGGAAGCUGGACAGCGUUUGGAGCUGUGGAGAGUGAUUUAGCAGAAGUGUUUGGCAGGUCUGUGCCAGAGACAUUAUGCACAGUCAUUAUGCACAGUCACUUCUUGGAGAGGCAGAGGUGGGCUUUUCUUGCAGCAAUGAAGGGAUCCACUGCUACAGGAGACAACAGUUUAUCUGCUCUUUCAGUCUGUGUUUCCUCAGUGCUCGCUCCUGGCCACUCUGGACUUGUACCCUGCAGCUCCAGGCAGCA